AUGCCUGAAGAAUCUAUCAAAGUUGCUGUACGUGUUCGUCCAUUUAGUCAACGAGAAAAAGAUCGAAGUGCAAAACUUGUUAUUAAAAUGCAAGGAAAAUCAACGUUUAUUACUGAUCCAAAAGCACCACGUUUUAAUUGUACAUUAUUUGCAUAUGGUCAAACAGGCUCUGGAAAAAGCUAUUCAAUGAUUGGUUAUGGUGUUAAUCGUGGAAUUAUUCCAAUUGUGUGUAAUGAAUUAUUUCGUGAAAUGCAAAAAAAGAAAGUUUCAUCGACUCGCUUUGAGGUUUCUUUUUCUAUGAUGGAAAUUUACAAUGAACAAGUUCGUGAUUUAUCAACGAAAGAAUUUCCUAAAGGAGGUCUUUCUGUUCGUCAACAUCCAACAUCAGGUUAUUUUUAUCCACAAGGUCUUCGUAUUCUACCUGUUGGUAGUUAUGAUGAUAUUGAUCGUCGUAUUGUUGAAGGUACAGAAAAUCGAACAAUAGCUGCAACAAAUAUGAAUGCAACAAGUAGUCGUGCACAUACAGUUGUUACUAUAUAUUUUGAUCAAAUUAUUAAAACUGAUCGUGGUGAAACAAAAAAAACAAGUGUUAUUAAUCUUGUUGAUUUAGCUGGAUCUGAAAGAGUUUCUAAUACAGGAGCAACUGGAGAUAGAUUAAAAGAAAGCACAAAUAUUAAUAAGUCAUUAUCAACAUUAGGUAAUGUUAUAUCAGCAUUAGCUGAUAUAUCAUCGGGAACAAAACGAAAGAUCGUUAUACCAUAUCGUGAAUCCGUACUAACAAAAUUACUUCAAAAUGCUCUUGGUGGAAAUAGCAAAUAUAAUUUACAAUUAGAUAUUCUACCUGGUAUGACCAGUCAAGAUAUUGAAUUAAUGAGAAAAAAUAUGCAAGAAGAAAUUCUUUCACAAAUACAAGCUAACCAACAAAUGUUACAAAACUCUAAGACAUCUUGGGAUUUAAAGCUUAAAAAUGCUCAAUUGGAUGAGAAAAAAUCUCCAAAUCAACUCAAUAAAAAAGUUCCGUAUCUUGCUAAUUUAAAUGAAGAUCCAAUGUUAUCUUAUGUUAUAUUACAUUAUUUUAAUACUGAUGAAAUAACAAUUGGUAGUCGAAAUUCCACUAUAUGUCUUUAUGGUUUAAAUAUUCUUGAACGGCAUGCUACUAUUCGAUCUAUAGAUUCAUAUAGAUAUGAAUUAAUAGCAGCUGAACCUGGUUCAAAAAUUAAAGUGAAUGGAUACAAUUUAAAUGGAUCAACACAACUUCGACAUAAAGAUCGUAUUUUGUUUGGUGCAAAUCAUGUUUAUGUAUAUUUAAAUCCAUCUAAUGAAAAAGACGCUUCACCAGAUUUACCAUCAAUAAUAACAUGGGAAUUUGCACAAAAAGAAAUUGCUAAAGCAAAAGGUUAUUCAUUAGGAAAUAAUUUAACUAUUGAACAAGAAGAAAUUCAAGAAAAAAUUUUAAGUUUAUUACCAUUAUUAUCAGAAGUAAAUGCCAUAAGUGAAGAACUUAAUAAAUAUCGUACAUUCGAAAUUGUUCUUAUGCCAAUAUCAGCAUGGGAAGGUACAGCAAUUAAAGGAUCAAGAGUAAUGAUUAAAAUGAGAAAUCUUCUUAAUCAAAAUAUUUGGUAUUGGGAUGAUGCAAAAUUUAUUAAUCGAAGUUUUAUUAUUAAAGAACAUUAUCAACAAUUUUUAGAUGGAGAAGAAGAAAUUUUGUACAUUGCAAAAGAUGAUGAUCCAUUUUGGGAACCUGUAGAAGAUAUUUUACUUGGUACAGCUAAUGCUUUUCUUCAAAGUUUAGCUUAUUCACUUGAUUUUGCUGAUGAAAUUUGUAUUGUGGAUUAUAAAGGUUUAGAACAAGGUCGUUUAAGUAUUAAUCUUUGUCCAUGUUCACCAAGUGGUAAAGUGGUAAAUGAUGAACAAUUUGUUGAACAACCUGAACAACUUUUUAAUAAACCAUAUAGUUUUAAAAUAACAAUGCGUUUUAUUGAAAUAAACGAUGAACGUCAUAAUAAAGGUCUUCGCAUACGUUAUAAAGUUUUUAAUGAAUUAGAAUUUACUGAAACAAACAUUAUUUGUCGUAAUACUGUAUGUGCUAAUGUUAAACAAGCACGUAUUAUCACAAUACCAAGUGUUGAUGAAGAUUGGUUAAGAUUUUUUCAAGAUGGUUGUAUUAUAUUUCAAAUAUUUGCUGUACAAGAAGAAAGCAAACCAAAUACUGGUUUAUUUAAAAUGACAACUCGAGUAAUGAAUAAGGAAAAAGAUAAUAACAAAACAUAUUCAUCUUUCAUUUGA